AUGCAGGCAAUACAGACAAUAAAUCCAUGGAAUUACAUUCUUCCAUGGCCACAUCCACUCAAAUCGACAAGGAAGAAACAAAAAGGAGCAAAUGCACACUCCUUAAACGGUCUAUGCCAAUCUUCCGAUGAUCCCCUCGUACAUGAGUUUGUCAAGUCAUACAAACUUCUAAGUAUUUUCCAAAAGUCAAAGUCAAAACAAGUAGAAGAAGAUAUAUUAAUAGACAAGUUUGUUUCAAAUCCGAACUAUGUGGCACCCAAGAAUCCCAUUGUCCUAUGUCACGGUUUAUCCGGGUUUGACAGAUUGAUAUUAAUACCAUCCAUUUACUCUUUAACAAAAUUGAUUAAGAAUAGUAUAUCUUCUAACCUCUCUGAUCAUUUUCUUAACGAAGACGACAUAAAUGAGGCCCAACACGAUGAGAAACUUGUUCCUAAUCUUAUCGAGGUGGAAUAUUGGAUUGAUAUUAAGGAAAAAUUAGAAAAGUUGGGUUGUACAGUUAUCACAACAAGAGUGCCAAGUUUUGGUAGCAUAGAAGAACGAGCUGAAGCAUUACAUAGUUUCUUGGAAAAGGAAACAAAAAAAUUAGGGACACUCCAAGAUUCUGCGAAUCCAGUAAAAUUAAACUUAAUUGCUCAUUCCAUGGGUGGACUUGAUUGCCGAUAUUUAAUAUCAAAAAUUCCAAAGAAGAAUUAUAAGAUUUUAAGUUUAACAACUAUAUCCACCCCUCAUCGUGGUUCAGAAAUGGCUGAUUAUGUUGUGAAUUUAUUCGAAACCUUGAAAACGGCCAUAUCGAGUAACACGAAUAACGAGCAUCCGAUGAAUCCGCCAUUAUUACCACUUUGCUUUUAUCAAUUAACUACAACGUAUAUGAAAUAUUUCAAUCUAAUAACUCCAGAUGAUCCAAGUGUCUCAUAUUUUUCGUAUGGUUGUUAUUUCGAACCAAAAUGGUAUAAUGUCUUUUCCAUGUCGUGGAAAAUUAUUGCGGAUGCUACUAAUAAUGCUCCCAAUGAUGGAAUGGUUACCGUUAGCAGUAGUAAGUGGGGACAGUAUCAAGGUACAUUAUGUAAUGUGGAUCAUUUAGAUAUUAUCAAUUGGAAGAAUAAAUUGAAAACUGAUGUAAAUAAAGCGUUAUUGAAUUUAAGUAACGAAAAAGUCAAGGCAAUGGUUAAACCUGAUCUGGAUAUUUUACAGUUCUAUAUUCAAAUUACAGAUACCUUAGCUAAGAAGGGAUUUUGA